UUUUCCCCACUGCCCACUGUUCUUGUCAUCACCACCUAAAACCCUAAACCCUUCGCCGCCACCGCCUUUUCAAUAGGCGGUCGCCACAAUUCCUCCCCCUCUACUCCGCUGUCACGGUCGGCGUUAAUAACACACUACUCCGACGCGACAGAGCAUCCGAUCCCCUCUCGCUUGUUCCCGAGAUGCCGAAGAAGGGGAAAAAGUCGUCAAGGGCUUCUCCGCCGUCUACUCUUUCGGACCGCUCGCCUGGCAUCCCUGAGACGCCGAAAGUUUCUUCACUUGGUGUUCCAUCGAACGAUGAUGAUGAGGUUAUCCGUCGCCACCGUCUCGCCUCUGCCGCUGCCAGGUUCCCGGCCUUACUCGACGAGGAGCGGACCUUGUGUGGACGGACCUCCAACACGGAGCCUUCGACCUCCGACGGAAACCGUGCUACGGUUUGGCUCUCUCAGGCCGCCAUGAUAUCUAACUCCUUCGCCCACAACUCCGUUGUCUCGGUAUCACUUCCUGCUUUGGACAAUGCAAAUCUGACUAACUUUCCACUUAAAUCUUUAACCAAGGAAUGUUCUUCACAGUUUGGUUAUGAUGCUGAAGAUCAUACGACUGACACAAUAGGCAGUUAUUUUGCUAUUGCUUAUGUUUCUUCAUCACAUGUGGUUGUUAAGAAUGAAGCAAGAUUAUCUUGGGCUCUUUCACGCACUCUUGGAUCUCCUGCACCUGGAAGAGCAGUAUUUAUCUGCCCAGUUGAGACACUCACUUUAACAUCUAGUUUGAACAAUUCUGUUGGUUCCACUCCAUAUUUUAGUAAAUGCAAGGACCUUUACCUAAAACUCCUUCUGCCUAAGCCUGGAUUAUUUCGUUACAGCAGAGAAAGAAAAGCCAGUACUUCAGGACCAAGUUCUGGCCAUCCUCCAAUUAAAAUGGUGGAGAUUGCAUUACCAAGGACGCCAAAUCAAAAUAAAUCUUCUUCGUAUGUUGUCUCUCCUAUGAGCUCAAAAAGUUCCAAUAAAGUUACUUCAAUUUCAGAUUCACUAUCUGACAUGGAUGCAUCUAUUUUAAAGUUGGCUGUAGAAGAUGAAAGAAUCAAGGAGAUAGUGCAGUCACAUGCUUCGGUGUGGUUAUGUGGCCGUCGUUUGUUCAAGGGAAAUUUUGUCUCUGUUCCAAUAGGUGGACCAAUCUGCGUUUUUAUGGUGGAAGGUUCUGAUAUGCCAUUGGAGGGGUUCUCUAGUAAAGAAGUGGCUUCAGAUAAGAGUGAUUUGUUGCAUAAUGAAUUACAAAUCUCUAGUUUAGAUAAGCUAGAUCCUAUUUUUGUGCUCGACUCCACAACAAAAGUACAUCUCUCUACUUCAACCUCGAUGAAUUGUAAACCCUCCAAUGAAGUGCAAUUGGACAAUGGCUAUGCCAAUUGUAAACUUACUCACAGUAAGGAAGCUAAUUUUGUUAUAAAAUUGGGUGGGUUGCAUAAGGAAUUUGCAGCAUUGAAGGAAAUUAUUUUAUCCUUGUUGGCUGAUCCUAGACUUAGGUACAAAGGUGUGCUACUUCAUGGGCCUCCUGGUACAGGAAAAACAUCUUUGGUAACUUCUUGUGCGCAUGCAGCUGGUGUUAGACUUUUCUCUAUCAAUGGGCCUGAGGUCAUUAGUGAAUACUAUGGAGAAUCGGAGCAAGCAUUGUGCAAAGUUUUUAAUGCAGCCAAACAAGCUUCUCCUUCUGUGGUUUUUAUUGAUGAAUUGGAUGUCAUUGCUCCAGCACGAAGAGAUGGAGGUGAAGAUCUAUCUCUUAGAAUGGUUGGCACACUUUUGGUAUUGUUGGAUGAGAUAAAUAAAAAUGACCGUGUACUUGUCAUUGCGGCUACCAAUAGGCCUAACAGUAUCGAUCCUGCCUUGAGACGACUAGGAAGAUUGGAACGAGAAAUUGAAAUAGGUGUUCCAUCUCCAGAACAGAGACUAGAUAUACUACGGACAAUUCUGAAUGAUAUGACUCACUCACUCAGCAACAUAGAAAUUCAAUCUUUAGCUUCGGGUACACAUGGAUUUGUUGGUGCUGAUCUAACUGCUCUCUGCAAUGAGGCCGCCAUGAAUGCUCUUCGUCGGUAUAUUGAGGUAGAAGGUAUAGACUACCAUUUUAAAUUAAAAGAAUAUCUAGGAUCUCGACUUCACAAAGAUGUGGAUGCUGAAACAACAGAACAGAUAGAUUUGAUAUCUUCAUCACUGUCAGCAUUGAACAUGUCGUCAGAACAGGCUUCUCCUGUCAGUGGAUUAGGUCGUCAAGAUAAUUGUAAUAUGUCUGUACAAGGUGAAAAAAGAGUUAGGUUUGCGCUAACUCUUGAGGAUUUUGAUAAAGCAAAGUUGAAAGUGAGGCCUAGUGCUAUGCGUGAGGUCAUGCUUGAGCUUCCAAAAGUCAAGUGGGAAGAUGUGGGGGGCCAAGCUAUGAUUAAACAACAGCUGAUUGAAGCAGUCCAAUGGCCCCAAUUAUCACCUGAUGCAUUUAAGCGUGUGGGUAUUCGCCCUCCAAGAGGUUUGUUGAUGAUUGGUCCACCAGGCUGUAGUAAGACAUUGAUGGCCCGUGCGGUAGCUUCUGAGGCAAAAUUGAACUUCCUUGCGGUGAAGGGUCCUGAACUUUUCAGCAAAUGGGUUGGAGAGUCUGAGAAAGCAGUGAAAGCAUUGUUUGCAAAGGCCAGAAUUAAUUCUCCAGCAAUUGUGUUCUUUGAUGAAAUAGAUGGCCUUGCAGGCACUCGUGGACAGGAUAGUGAUAGUACAAGUGUUGGUGACAGGGUCCUAAGCCAAUUGCUUGUGGAAAUGGAUGGCUUGCAUCAAAGAGCUGGUGUUGUAGUUAUCGCUGCUACUAACCGCCCGGACAAGAUUGAUCCUGCAUUACUGCGGCCAGGGCGCUUUGACAGGGUGGUAGAUGUCCAACCACCUGAUGAAAAUGAUAGGGAAGAUAUAUUCCGUAUUCAUUUGCGAAACAUUCCUUGCAGUUCUGAUGUUAGUAUAAGAGAUCUUGCUCAGCUCACUCAAGGUUAUACUGGGGCGGACAUCAAGUUAGUGUGCAGGGAAGCUGCUAUUGCUGCAUUGGAAGAAAGCCUGGAGGCAACUGAAGUGUCAAUGAUGCAUUUUAAGUCUGCAAUUAGUCAGAUUGAACCAUCAGAUCUCAAAUUCUAUAUAGAGCUUGCAGCGCAGUUUAGAAGAUUGGUUGUAUGACGAUCUGUGAUAGGCAAAUGUAUACGUUAGCAGAUGAGUUUGGCGUGACCAGAGAAAUCUUGCAUUUAUGAAGGUGAAUUGAACUGAAGCAAGCUGCAAAGGUUUCAUAGAGUUUUUUUGGUCUAUCUUAUAACACUAAUAAUUUGUUGAUAUUAUGUCUAGAAAAUUUAUCAUGUUGUGUUGGAAAUUGCGAUUGAAAAAUCCUACAUCUUUUCAUUUUAUUCUUCAAAUGUAUAUUGGCCAACAACCUCCUAGUCUGUAGAAGCUCCUAAAAUUCACUCAAUUCUGGGAAUUUUUGUAUGAUAUAUUAGCUGGAGCAUAUGCUCCAAGUUGCAAUGGCAAAAUAUUUGUUACUGUCU